AAGUAAACCAGCACACCAUUAAUAAAAAAUGGUAAAAGUAUACAGUUGUACAGCAUUUGCCCAUAUAAUUUUAGUUACUUGUUCAGUUCUAUAAUUUGUUAUAUAAACCUAGAGGUACAUGUAGAAACAUUUGAAUCGGGUGAUUAGCCAUCAUCAGCAAGAUAUUGCGACUCUCAAAUCUGAAUUUUAAUCAUUUCCAAGAGCCUUCUCAAUGUCAACGCAUCUGCACCCAAAAUAAUAAAAAUAAAGGCACCCACACCAAAUGAGCCUAUAGGAACAGUGAGUGCACCAAGGUCUGCCAUUACCCAAGUGGAAAUUAAUUGACUUGAAAUUGAACCAUUUACAUAUAUAAGAGGAUGCUUCCCGGCAACUGAACAUAGAUAAAUAUAUACCAUAUCUCAGACUAAAAAGACAAUGGCUGCUGGUUCUGGUUUGAAUUGGUAAACAGCACCACUGUUUUAAGCGCCUAGGAAACCUUGCAUACGAUCUGCACAACCAUUAGAUGACAAUUCUGCACGUACAAAAAGUUUGAAAUGGUUGCUAAUAACUUCGGGGACGGGAUCAUCCAACUCCACUCGCCAAAGCUUCUAUCCUUCCUUCUGCUCUUGUUUCUGUUAAACCCUUCUGCAACUCCUUUAACCUUCAACUUCCCCAGCUUUUCCAAUGGCACCACCAACAUAUCCCUAGAAGGAGAUGCAUAUAUUGAUGGCAAAUUCAUCAAACUCACCAAAAAACCCGAAGAGCUUAAAGUGGCUGAGAAUAUCGGUCGAGCAACCUACCACAAACCGUUCCUUCUCCAGGAAAAAGCCACCGGAAAACUGGCCGAUUUCACCACACAUUUUACUUUCAUCAUUGAUUCCGGCCACGGUGAUGGGAUGGUGUUCUUCCUAGCCCCAAAUGGAUCUUUAGUCAACAUUGCAAUAGGGGGUGGUGGCACACUUGGGCUCCCCGUUGAAGACUUGCCAGGAGGCAUGUCUAGAACUCAGUAUCCAUUUGUGGCAGUGGAGUUUGAUAUCUUCCAGAAUACACAGCCAAGCAUCCAGGAUCCCCCGAGCGAUCAUGUAGCAAUCGACAUCAACUCUCUCAAGUCUAAUAUUACCACGACUUGGAAUGGUGGUAUUGACAAAGCAAAACUAAACACCGCUUGGGUUAGUUAUAACUCUAGCUCAAAAAAUCUCAGUGUUGCCUUUACCAGUUUUCUAAAUGGUACAAAUGGCACCCAACUGGAGAUAAUCAGAUAUCUUUCUUACAUGGUUGAUCUGAAACAAUACUUGCCGGAUUGGGUCAUUGUUGGAUUCUCUACUGCAACGGGCAAUGACAUUGCUGUGCAUAGGAUCGUCUCGUGGAAUUUCACAUCAACAGCUCUGGUUGAUGAGACUACAAUGAACAACACACAAGUAUUUCCUCCGCCAAGCCCUAGUGCUAAUCCCAAGUCAGGAACUUCCAACAUACGACUCCCCAUUGGGUUGGGUGUUGGUGGAUGUAUUAUCUUGGCUGGUGGAUUGGCUUUGGUUUGGUUCAUGUUCAUUUUUCGGAAGAGAAAGGCAGUUGGGGAAAGUGAUGAGAAUCCUGUUGUCAACUGUUUAAUUGACGAUGAAUUUGAAAAGGGAACUGGCCCGAGGAAGUUUUCAUACAGGGACUUAGCUCGAGCAACGAAUAAUUUUCAUGAGGGGGAGAAGCUGGGAGAGGGAGGAUUUGGAGGGGUUUACAUAGCCUUUAUAAAAAACUUGAACUCAUAUGUUGCAAUUAAGAGGAUAUCCAAUGGAUCUAAGCAAGGUUUGAAGGAGUAUGCAUCAGAAGUAAGAAUUAUCAGUAGACUUAGGCAUCGGAAUUUGGUGCAACUCAUUGGUUGGUGCCAUGAAAAAAGAGAACUACUACUCGUCUACGAGUUCAUGCCCAACAGCAGUUUAGAUUCCCACCUAUUCAAAAUAAAUAGCUUGUUAAGUUGGCAAAUCAGAUACAAAAUAGCUCGAGGUUUGGCCUCCGGCUUAUUCUAUCUACACGAAGAAUGGGAACAAUGUGUGCUGCACAGGGAUAUCAAAUCCAGCAACGUUAUGUUGGAUUCAAAUUUCAAUGUGAAACUUGGUGAUUUUGGAUUAGCUCGACUUGUGGACCAUGGAAAACAGUCACCAACAACAAUUGUGGCUGGAACUAGAGGCUACAUGGCUCUGGAAUAUGUUACUACAGGAAAGGCUAGCAAGGAAUCAGAUGUCUACAGCUUUGGAGUGGUUGCUUUGGAAAUAGCUUGUGGGAGAAAACCGAUCGAUCUCAAUUUAGAAAGUAGUGAAAUCGAAAUGGUGGAGUGGGUUUGGGAGCUUUAUGGAGAAGGGAAAGUUAUUCAAGCAGCCGAUCCAAAACUCUAUGGACAAUUUGAUGAGAAUCAAAUGGAGAGCUUGAUGACUGUUGGGUUGUGGUGUGCUCACCCAGAUUAUAGAUUCAGACCUUCAAUACAACAAGCGAUUCAAGUGCUUAACUGGGAAGUUCCAUUGCCUAUUCUCCCAUCAAAGAUGCCAGUUGCCACCUAUUUUGCACCUCCAACAUCACUUUCAAUGUUGUCCAAUCAAACUACUACUUCUGAAAGAGGUCAAACUGAGUCAGGCUGCUAUAGGUAUAGCACCAAUUCUUUCCAAAUCACCCCAUAUUCUACACCGCAAUUCUUGUCAACCGAGACUGAAGCCCAAAUUUUGUCAGGAUACAGUUAUAGCACCAAUUCCUCACAACUCACUGCAUCUCCUACAACGCAGUUCUUGUCCAUCGACACUGAAGCACAGUUCUUGUCCACGGACACUGAAGAACAGUUCUUGUCCAUGGACACUGAAGAACAGUUCUUGUCCAUCGACACUGAAGAACAGUUCUUGUCCAUAGACAUGUAUAUAUUCAAAGUCUUUUGUAAUUUACUUUGUAUUUCAUCAUUAAACUUAGGUACUUGA